CUGUGUUGUUCUAUCAGAGAGAGAGCUUUUUGAGUCUUCUCUCUCUUAGUAAAAGGACUUAGCGAUUUUAGCUUGAAUAAUCGUUCGCGUAAAGUGUAUUGUUAAUUUAUUUUUUUCUUCUUAAUUUCACCGACAAUGGACCAUCUUUCUCUGGAAAAGCCUACAAUGCCCGACACUCUUCGCCCCUUAGGGAACUUUCCCCCCAGUUUAUGGGGAGAUCGAUUUUCCUCAUUCACUUUAGAUACCCAGUUACUAGAAAAAUACAGUAAAGAGGUUGAAGUGUUGAAGGAAGAAGUGAAGGAUAUGCUAGUGCUAGAUCACCAUGUUGGAGCAGAGAAGAUGGUUCUGAUCGAUGCACUUGAACGCCUUGGUGUUUCCUACCUCUUCUAGAAAGAGAUUGAAGAGCUUUUGGAGAACAUGUUUCCAAAGUUUGAGGAAUAUAGUCAUGUUUUCCAUGAUAAUUUGUUCAUGGUGUCACUUCACUUUCGAGUGUUCAGGCAACAUGGCUAUGACUUGUCUUCUGGUAA